AUGGCCGAUUUUGCCAAACUGUCUAUCUUCGGUACCGUAUUCGAAGUGACAACGAGAUAUUCGGAUCUACAGCCUGUUGGAAUGGGUGCUUUUGGACUUGUUUGCUCAGCAAGUGACCAGUUAACAGCAACAAAUGUCGCGAUCAAGAAAAUCAUGAAACCAUUCUCAACCCCGGUCCUUGCCAAGCGGACCUAUCGAGAAUUAAAGCUUCUGAAACACAUACGUCACGAAAACAUUAUCAGUCUUUCUGAUAUUUUCAUCUCACCAUUAGAAGACAUUUACUUUGUUACCGAACUUCUUGGUACAGAUCUUCAUAGGCUUUUAACUAGUCGACCACUUGAGAAACAGUUUAUACAAUACUUUUUGUAUCAAAUACUUCGAGGACUGAAGUAUGUUCACUCUGCUGGUGUCGUACAUCGUGACUUGAAACCCUCCAACAUUUUGGUGAACGAGAAUUGUGACCUAAAGAUCUGCGAUUUUGGUCUCGCUCGUCUCCAAGACCCUCAAAUGACGGGUUAUGUCUCUACACGGUAUUAUCGAGCUCCUGAGAUCAUGCUCACCUGGCAGAAAUAUGAUGUGGCAGUGGACAUCUGGAGUGCGGGUUGCAUUUUUGCCGAAAUGCUUGAGGGCAAACCACUAUUUCCUGGAAAAGAUCAUGUCAACCAGUUUUCCAUCAUCACUGAAUUGUUGGGCACGCCGCCUGAUGAUGUGAUCGCAACGAUUUGUUCUGAAAAUACUCUCCGAUUUGUUCAAUCUCUUCCCAAAAGGGAAAGGAUCCCAUUUCAUUUGAAAUUCAAGAACGCAGACCCUCUAGCACUCGACUUACUAGAACGUAUGCUUGUCUUCGAUCCUGUCAAACGUAUCACUGCCGCCGAAGCACUCGGCAAUGAAUACUUAGCUCCAUACCAUGAUCCAACGGACGAACCGGUGGCCGAUGAACCUUUCGAUUGGUCUUUCAACGACGCUGAUUUACCUGUAGACACCUGGAGAGUGAUGAUGUAUUCAGAAAUCUUAGACUUCCAUGAUGUUAAGGAACCACAAACUGAAGGUCUUGCUGCCCCUGCUGCUUGA